AUGGCGCCCUUCUCAUUGAAACACGCGGCCCUUGCGGCGUUGUCCUUCUACAGCCUGCCCACCCAUGGAAAGCCAGUGCCUUCAACUGAUGUCAGUGUCGCGAAGCGGCAGUCCGGCUACAGGAACAUGGUGUACUACACCAACUGGAGCAUCUACGGCCGCAACUACCAACCAUACCAGCUGCCGGCUUCGCAGCUAACACACGUCCUCUACGCCUUUGCCAACCUGCAGUCCACAGGACAGGUCGUCCUGUCCGAUACGUGGGCAGACAUCGACAAGCACUACGCAAACGACUCGUGGAACGACCCGGGCAACAACGUCUACGGCUGCGUGAAGCAGCUCUUCCUGCUCAAGAAGGCCAACCGGCAACUCAAGACGCUGCUCUCAAUCGGCGGCUGGACCUACUCGACCAACUUCCCGGCCGCCGCCAGCACGGCCGACACGCGCGCGCUCUUCGCCUCGUCCGCCGUGCGCCUGGUCGCCGACCUCGGCUUCGACGGCAUCGACAUCGACUGGGAGUACCCGGCGGACGCGACGCAGGCGCAGAACUUCGUGCAGCUGCUGCAGGCCGUGCGCUCGGCCCUCGACGACUACGCGGCCCAGUACGCUCCCGGCUACCACUUCCUCCUGACCGUCGCGUCGCCCGCCGGCCCGGCCAACUACGGCCACCUGCCGCUGGGCGACAUCGCGAACGUGGUCGACUUCUUCAACCUCAUGGCCUACGACUACGCCGGCUCGUGGUCCAACACCUCCGCCCACCAGGCCAACCUGUACCCGAACCCGUCCGCGCCGGACACCACGCCCUUCUCCACCUCGGCCGCGAUCAACGACUACAUCGCGGCCGGCGUCCCCCCCGCCAAGAUCAUCCUGGGCAUGCCCAUCUACGGCCGCUCGUUCGACGGCACGGCCGGGCUGGGCCAGCCGUACACCUCGGUCGGGCAGGGCAGCUGGGAGGCGGGCGUGUGGGACUACAAGGCGCUGCCGCGCACGGCCGGCGCGCAGGUGAUCUACGACUCGGUGGCCGGCGCGACGUACAGCUACGACGCGUCGGCGCAGGAGCUGAUCAGCUACGACACGGCCGACAUGGUGCAGCGCAAGGUCAGCUACCUGCGCCAGCAGGGGCUGGGCGGCAGCAUGUUCUGGGAGGCGUCGGCCGACCGGACUGACAGCCAGAGCUUGAUUGGCACGAGCUGGAGCGCGCUGGGAAGCGCCGGCGACGGGGUGCAGAACUUGCUGAGCUAUCCGGAUAGCCAGUAUGAUAAUCUCAGGGCAGGGUUCCCGUGA